UUCCACUUCUUCUUGAUUGCUGGUAUACCAUUUCUUUUCGUCAUCGCUUUUCGGCGUCUGCUGUUUUGUCUCGCUCCUUGGAACGAAUCUCAGCCUCCUUCAUUUUCCUUGCCUUUUUACUGCUCUCCAAAUCAUGUUGUGUUCUCGGAUAUCGUCCUCGAUGGGCCUCAGACGUCUUGUCAACCCUUCAGUUCUUUCCAAAACAACUUCUGUAUCCCGUAUUCGCCGUUCUGGUCUCACGCCAUCAAGGCAUUGGAACUUUGUCAACUUGAACACACGAAAUGUCACUUCCAGCUCAAGUUUACCGUCUGCGAGUACGCCACUACCGCCAAAGUCCACCGACCACGGUGCAUCUGUACUUCAGCAUGAAGCUGGUCUAGAUCCAAAUCCAUCUCCUGUGCGCUACGAGCCUCCAAAGUCUGGCUUUCUCUCCUAUCUGCCUGCUUCGUUCGUACCAUACGCCGAACUGAUCCGGAUCGACAAACCAGUAGGCACCUACUAUUUGCUCUUCCCGUGUAUCUUCAGUACGCUUCUAGCUGCACCCCUAGCUUCUCCGAUCACGGCGCCCUCGACAGUCUUGGCCACUUCUGCUCUCUUCGCUACAGGUGCACUAGUCAUGCGUGGUGCAGGAUGCACCAUCAAUGACCUUUGGGAUCGAAACUUGGAUCCCAAAGUCGCUCGAACCCGUCUGAGACCUAUCGCACGUGGCGCUGUCUCUCCGGAAGCUGCUAUUAUCUACACUGGCUGCCAAUUGCUGACCGGCUUGGCUGUGCUCUUGCAGUUUCCUUUUGAGUGCUUCUUCUACGCAACGCCUUCUUUGCUGCUGGUAUCGACGUACCCUCUCGCAAAACGUGUCACCAAUUACCCCCAAGCUGUUCUUGGUCUAACCUUCUCUUGGGGGGCCAUCAUGGGCUUUCCUGCUUUGGGCGUUGACCUUCUGUCGAAUCCAGAAGCACUCACUGCUGCAGCCUGCUUGUAUGCCUCUAAUAUUGCAUGGACCAUUCUCUAUGACAUGAUCUACGCACACCAAGACAUCAAGGACGAUGCAAAGGCAGGAAUCAAAUCCAUCGCUCUCCGUCAUGAGAAGAACACGAAGGCAGUGUUGAGUGGUCUUGCCAUUGUUCACACUACGUUGCUGGCCGCCGCUGGGGCUGCGAUUGGAGCUGGUCCUAUCUUCUACAUUGGUACUUGUGGUGGUGCUCUGCUCACUACUGCAAACAUGAUCUGGAGAGUGCGUUUGAGCAGCGUGAAGAACUGCUGGUGGUGGUUCAGGAGCGGAUGCUGGAUGACUGGCGGCGCAAUCACUCUGGGCCUCACAGGAGAAUAUCUUGCUCAUUACCUCGGAUGGUACGAAGAUGAGCCUUGACGGACACCUGGCGAUGAACAACAUAUGUAUGUAUAGUGUAAGAUAGCUGUUUCGAAAAGUUGUUGCAGUUCUGGCUUGCUUGCUCUACAUGAAGUACACUUCUUCAUGCUUCGAGAUAUUUCGACUGACACGCUUAUACUUGGCAUUUCUACAACAUUGACUAGUGUUUCUUCCCAUUGACACCAAAAUUGUGUCAGUGUAUCUCCCGCAGAGACGCAGGAAGUGGCGGGGGGCUUGCCGUGCCGAU